AUGGGGCAGGACAGCCGGGGCCGCCCCCUGGCCCCUCGGGGGCCGCCCGAGCGGCCGGGCGCGGGCGCGGCCGCGGCGAGGCUGGCCUUCCGGCUUGCUGUCGGCCGCGCCGCCGCCGUUGGUGCCCGGGAGCCGUGCGGCUGGCGGCGUCCGCAGCGCCGAUCCUGCGGGAGAGCCCCAGGUCGCCCCGGCUGCGCGCGGGGCCCGCGCCCCGGGAGCGGCGCUGGCAGGGCCGCCAGAGGGUGCCCGGCUGUCGCCCGGCGGAGGCGGGGCGCCGGCGGCGCGGGCGCAGCGCGGGCCUCGGCGAGCGCGGGAGCGCGGGCGCCGCCCCUGGGCGCGGGCUCCCAGUCGCGCGGGCUUCAGUGA